CACACGAGAAGACGGAGGCGAGACGGCGAGCGCCAGAGCUCUCCCUCCCCCUCCUCCCUCCGGCCUCCCCUUCCUCCUCGUCCUCUCCCUCUCCUCCCAAACCAAGAAGGCAGUGAGAACCGAAGCGCGCGCCGAGAGGGAGGGGAGCCUCGCCGCCUCUCGCGGCAGAUCUCGCGCCAGCCCCGGGUUCUGACGCGAGAUCCGCGCUCGCCGCCCGCCGGCCGGUGCCGCCGCUGCCCGCUCGCUCGCCCGCCCGAUCUCGAAGAAUCCACCUUGAAGAUGAUGAUGGGUUUGCUAGCGUUCGAGAGUCACCAGGGGCUCUGGAAUAGUGGAUACUAUUCCCAGUUGUUUGGAAUUGGGGGAGUUAUGAUCACUGUUGCCAUUCUUAUGCUAUCCACGGGCUACUUUGGUGGGAUCGGUGCUCCAUUUGCUCCGUAUUUCUGGCCAUAUCUAGGACAAGUUCCGAAGAAGAGGGAACGCAAAAGGCCUGUGAGAGUGUACAUGGAUGGAUGCUUUGACCUCAUGCACUAUGGUCAUGCAAAUGCGUUGCGACAGGCCAAACUGUUGGGAGAUCAGCUGGUAGUUGGGGUUGUCAGUGAUGAGGAGAUCGUCGCAAAUAAGGGCCCGCCUGUCCUUUCUAUGGAAGAGAGGUUGACUCUUGUUAGUGGCCUGAAGUGGGUCGAUGAGGUCAUUCCCAAUGCGCCCUAUGAGAUCACGGAAGAGUUCAUGAAUACCCUCUUCAACAAAUACAGCAUUGAUUACAUUAUUCACGGUGAUGAUCCUUGUCUUCUACCUGAUGGCACUGAUGCAUAUGCGUUAGCAAAGAAGGUCGGGCGUUACAAGCAAAUCAAGCGAACAGAAGGUGUCUCAAGCACUGAUAUAGUUGGGAGGAUAUUGCUAACAUUCAAGCAGAAAGAUGCUGACACUGAUUUUAAUGUUGCUGUUGAUGAGAAGGCUGGAGCAGAACCAAAUGAUGAAGUGAAGAGUCAUCUAUCUCAUUUUCUUCCAACUUCUCGUCGAAUCAUGCAGUUCUCAAAUGGGCAGGCUCCUUCGCCAGGUGCUCGUGUUGUGUAUAUAGAUGGUGCAUUCGAUCUUUUCCACGCUGGCCAUGUUGAGAUCCUCAGAAGUGCUAGACAACUUGGUGACUUUCUUCUUGUGGGUAUCCAUGAUGACCAGUCUAUCAGGGAUAGAAGAGGAUAUCGUCCUAUCAUGCAUCUUCAUGAGCGUACUCUUAGUGUGCUUGCCUGCCGCUAUGUUGAUGAAGUCAUUAUUGGCGCACCAUGGGAAGUUUCGAAGGACAUGAUCACCACGUUUAACAUUUCAUUGGUUGUGCAUGGGACUGUAACCGAGGGCAAUUCAGCUGGUGAAAUUGAUCCUUAUGCUGUUCCAAAGAGCAUGGGUAUUUUUAAGACAAUCAUGAGCCCGAAAUCUAUUACAUCAGUAUCGGUAGCGACAAGAAUAGUUGACAAUCAUGAAGCUUACAAGGUACAUGACGUUACAGGCUCAAAGGUCAUAGUUCUGUCUGAUCCCUUUUUACCUGUGCUAAACAUUGUUACUGGGGUUUUUAUAAACAGAAAAGGAACUUGAAAAAGAAGGCUAGUGAAGACAGAUACUACACACAAAAGAAAUUUGUUUCUGGAGACUAGUUCUGCAUAAGGAGAGUAUAUUUUUGCGACCGAGGAAAUUGAUGUGGCCACCCUGUAUUGAUGUUAUUCUACAGCAGAGACUGGAACAGAUAAUUGGCUAUAGACAGGUCAUAGCGAUAGUUUGGCAGCCAUUCGACGGUGAUGAUUGGCUGGUGGAACUAAAUUAGGGGGGAAAAGAGAGCUGUCACAUUCUUCUGCUAUGGCCCUUUUAGGAACACUCACUUGACAUGAAAAGUUCAUACAUGAUUCUUUUUUUAUUGUUAUCCCUGGACUUGGAGGGGAUAUAUAUGUUUGUAGCCGAACACCUUCAGCAAACUCUGUUGUAUACUUGUGUUAUUACUUAACAGCGUGUGGAGUGGUAGCAUUGCAUGCAUACUCCCUGAUUGUACCAUGUUAUAUUGAAAGGUUAUACUGCUGAGGAAAAAAACCUAGUGAUGAUCAGAUAUCUAUGGUAUUUAUUGAUGGUCUUGUUCGGUGUUA